GGAUGCUAAUUAAUCUACACGACCGGAAACUGUAGACUAGGUGUAUUUUAUAGAGGAACUUUUCGACAGAAUGCAGAUCAACAAUGUGAUUUUGCCAUGUCAGAGCUCUGCAACCGACGUGGACAUAUGGGAUAUCGUUAUUACGGAUGGCAAGGUCUCUCAGAUACGCCCCUCGAAUAAUAUAGCCGGCGAACCUCCUAAACUACUCCUACCAGCUCUUUGCCACCCACACAUACACCUCGACAAACCUUUCAUCCUUACCUCCGGACGACCAUCCUCCAACACUCAACCUGACUACUCCGACCUGUUGCCCAGGACCGGCUCUUUUGAGGAGGCCCUCACAAAUACCUCCAAUGCAAAAGAGCGCUAUACUGAAGAUGAUCUUUAUCUUCGAGGCGCACAGCUUCUGGCGACAAGCUACGAACAGGGUGUGACCUCCCUCCGUGCUUUCGUAGAAAUAGACCAUGCCACUGGACCAUUGCCCCUAACGAUAGCCAUUCGACUCAAAUCCGAGUUCUCCCAUUUGCUGUGUGUUCAGAUAUGCGCAUUCGCACAGGAUCCUAUUUUCUCCACAGUUCAUGGAGAGGCGAAUCGAUCUAUUAUCACCUCUGCCUUAGGAGAGUAUGCUUCAUCCAUCCAGGCUUUAGGCACUACUCCUUACGUAGAAGCGACACGGGAAGCAUCAUUGCAGAAUAUCGAGUGGGCCAUCGCUACCGCCCUCCAAUAUGAUUUGCACCUAGAUUUCCACUUGGACUACAACUUAGCCCUGCCUUCCCCUUCUAGCCCGCCUUUGACCUUUUCGGUUCUCGAGUUGCUUAAGAAGCAUAGAUGGCUUGACAUCGCCAAAGCCUCCAAGACUAUAGUUCUUGGGCACUGUACGCAACUCACCCUCCUCUGCGAUUCGGACCUUCAGACUCUCGCCAAAACUGUCAUCCAGAGUGGACUUCCACUUCAUUUCGUUGGCCUGCCUAAUAGUGACAUGUUCAUGAUGGGCCGCCCAAGUUCAGCAGUAGAAAUGAUACAUUCCCGACCGCGUGGAACAUUGCACGUUCCUUCUAUGAUUAAGGACUUGGGCCUGUCCGCAUGUAUCGGCGUAAAUAACGUUGGGAAUGCCUUUACUCCUUUCGGAUCCGGAGAUCCCCUGCAAGCAGCAUCAUGGGGCGUCGGCAUUUACCAGGCCGGGACCGUAGCCGAUGCUAUGAUGUUGUAUGGCUGUGUAAGUUGGCUAGCUAAGAGGGCUAUUGGUCUGGAGGGGAGCGCCGAGGAUAACGAUGUGAUCGAAGGUAAAUCCUUGCAGGGCAUGCUCUUGAUUAAAAACAAGGAGUAUAUCAAAAUGCCGAGCACGUCUGAUAGGUCCGAAUUGAAGAUACUAGCAAGAAAAAGGAUGAGCAUCAAGGAUAUCGUCUGGGAUCCACCUGAGACUACGAUGAGAUCAAUCAUCGAAUAAACAAAACUAAAAACACCCAAGCAGGACGAAUUUAGGAAGAGGUGAAUGAGCGGGUUAUUUGGCCACCACCUCUUGAAUUGCCCCGAGAAGCUGUUAAUUUUCUUAAAAAUAGGCGGUCGGUCGCUUCAACCUUUACAUCACAGAGCAAGGUGAAUCCGAGUAGUCGGGUCCAAAUAUCUCCCUAUUCCUUUCACGCUCGUUGGCUCGAAUCUUUUCCUUAACCUCCUUUGGGAAAUAUUCGCGAAGGAAUGCGGCGCGUGUGCUGUCGAAGUUUUCCAAACUAGCUCGCAUGAUCACAUCGGCUCG